GAUAUAAGGGUGAUCUGAUACAGAAAAGUGGCUUUUUUUUGAGUGAAAAGUGUUCAGACACUUUGUUCUCUUUGAACUCUGGUAGUUCAAUAUUAACUUGGUGACUCCAGUAACUCCAGAUGUGGGCUUUUUGACUGAUUAGAUUCGAUGACAUGCUCCCAAGUUUUUUCAGGAUUACAGGCUCAGUCAUCCUCAAGAAUGGGAGCAAAAGCGACACCUCUUCUACUAUCGCUACUUCUUGGACAUGUUCUCCACCUCACAUUGUGUAAUGACGUGUUUAUCGACAACAAGGAAGCCUCUCAGAUCAUUCGAGCAAAGAGGGCUAACACGGUUUUUGAGGAGUUAAAACCAGGGAAUCUGGAGAGAGAGUGUGUGGAAGAGAUUUGUGACCACGAGGAAGCUCGAGAAGUGUUCGAGAGAGUUGAUAAAACGGAGAUUUUUUGGGCGAAAUAUUUGGGAUGUGGGGGAACAAAAUUAUCCAGAACACCAGCUAACAUCAACAAUUUGAGAGUAUGUGUGAAUACAGAGGGAGACUGUUACAUUAACAAUGGUGAAAACUACGCUGGUAGUAUGUCUGUCACCAAGUCUGGAAAGUCGUGUCAGUACUGGAAAAGCAACUUCCCCCACAGGAUUCAAGAAUUUAAUGUGACACAGCUGAAGCUACCGGAGAACUUUUGCAGAAACCCAGAUAAGAGCAAUCAAGGCCCUUGGUGUUUUACAAGAGACCCGACAGUCAGGAGGGAGUCCUGCAGCAUGCCAAAAUGCGGUGAGGCUGUUGUUCCCCCUCCUCGACCACCUACUGUGAAACCUGAAGAGCGUUACCUGAAGACUAAAGGCUGUCUGGAUGGAAAUGGGGAGACCUACACAGGGGAUAUGUCUGUGACUCUGGGGGGACGCACAUGCCUGCAGUGGAGCGCAGCAGAAGUGCAGGCCUUAAUAAAGGGGAAAGAGUUACUGCCUCAAGUUCAGCUGGUGAAGAACCACUGCAGAAACCCAGAUGGAGAUAUGGAGGGUCCCUGGUGCUAUGUAAAGGGAGCAGGUGGAAACAUUACCAUUGAUUACUGUGACUUGGAGUUGUGCGAUGCUCCUUUGGACAAGUUUGUCGAUGAAUCAGGUGGUCGAGAGAGAACAACUCUUGAAGACAAAAGGAAAGCUUUCUUUAAUCUCUGUAGUUUUGGCAAUGGAGAGCAAGAGUGUGGAGUGCGCCCCAUGUUUGAGAAGGUCAACAAAGAAGAUAAGAACGAGAAGGAGCUACUGAUGUCAUACACUGGAAGCAGAAUAGUGGGAGGAGAUGAGGCUGAAGUGGCCAGUGCUCCAUGGCAGGUGAUGCUGUAUAAGCGUAGUCCUCAGGAGCUGCUGUGUGGAGCCAGUCUGAUCAGUGAUGAAUGGAUUCUCACUGCCGCCCACUGCAUUCUCUACCCACCGUGGAACAAGAACUUCACAAUCAAUGAUAUUAUCGUCCGCCUUGGAAAACACUCUCGUACCAAGUAUGAGAGGGGCACUGAGAAGAUUGUGGCUAUUGAUGAAAUCAUUGUCCACCCGAAAUAUAACUGGAAGGAAAACCUGAACCGAGACAUUGCUCUUUUACACAUGAAGAAGCCUGUUGUCUUUACAAAUGAGAUCCACCCUGUUUGUCUGCCCACCAAGAACAUUGCAAAGAAUUUAAUGUUUGCAGGUUACAAGGGCCGUGUGACUGGCUGGGGGAACCUCAGGGAAUCGUGGUCCUCAAACCCAACCAAUCUUCCAUCAGUGCUGCAACAGAUUCACUUGCCCAUUGUGGAUCAGAGCAUCUGUCGCAAUUCCACCUCGGUCAUCAUCACCGAUAACAUGUUCUGUGCCGGCUACCAGCCAGAUGAUACAAAAAGAGGUGAUGCUUGUGAAGGAGACAGUGGCGGACCUUUUGUGAUGAAGAGUCCUACAGAUAAACGCUGGUAUCAGAUUGGCAUUGUGUUGUGGGGUGAGGGCUGUGACCGCGAUGGCAAAUAUGGAUUCUACACACACUUAUUCCGUAUGCGUCGCUGGAUGAAGAAAGUCAUUGACAAAACAGGCUCAGCAGAUGAAGAGUGAUCUUCCAAGCUGCCACACAAUAAAUUAACACUUUGGUAAAAUGUGAUCAAACCUGCAAAUGGAUAAAUAAACCGGAAUUAUUUGUUUGUUGAUACCAGUGUGUGAGUAUGGAGUUUCUUUCUGUGUAUUGAGAGUGAGAAUGGGCAGGCUUCU